CCCUCACAUACCACAAUCAUUUAAGCUCCUUCUCACAGUACUGGAACACUAUAAAACAGAUGAAUUCUGUCGACAUUGGAAAAAGUGAAGAGAUAGGAGAACAUUCACUGCAAAUGCCUCAGCCUUUCAGGGUGAAUCUUUUCAGCUGGAGCAUUCCUAGAACCGGAGCAAAGUGAUAUCGUAACAGCAUUCAGAAGCAGUCAUGGGCCUUCACAAAUGCACUGGUCUCUACUUAUUACUCUGUAUCAGCACAAUUUUGACCCUCUGUCAUCAAAGCUCAGCCUGUCACCUGGGAACGCAGACAGAAUGUGAGAAAGCACCCUUUGUGCCUGGCUACAACCUUGCAGGAGAAGGAUUUGAUGUAGUCAGCCUGAGACGCAAAGGUGCCUAUUUGAUAAAUGUCGAAUCCCACAAAUAUGACAACAAUACAUGUACUGUGUGUGAGAACCGCUUCCAACAAGGACAGAUGCAGAAACUUCCCUUGGCCAUUGUGGACUGGCGUCCUUUGAGUCACUGUAGCAAACAGCUCUCAAGCGCUCUUUAUUAUUCCACUUAUUCACUUAUCAAAAGCUCCACAUCACAAAUCAACAAUAACUGGGGAGUAGGCCUUAGCCUGGAUGAUUUUGGUAAGGCUAUUUUAGGAGGGAGUCAUUCAGACAUAGCGAACUUUGCCCAAUCGCAGCAAAAGAUGGACAAGAUGACAUUUGCUCUUCACGAGAUCAGCUGCCCUUAUUACAGCUACAGGGUAGUGAAUCAGCCAGAGCUCAGUGAAGAAUUUAAAAAGCAUUUACUUCAACUACCUACACACUACAGUGAGAAAACUAAGCCCCAGUAUCGGAGGAUUAUUGAUACAUAUGGCACCCAUUACAUCCGUCAUGUUCGUUUAGGAGGACGCGUGAGACAGGUCACAGCCUUCCAAACCUGCCUUGCAACUCUAAUGGGGUUUUUGGAGAUGGAUAUAAAGAACUGUCUGAAUAUUGAGUUAAAAAUCGCUCUAGGAUUUCUGCCUGCAAACAUAUCAUAUUCUAAUAAAUGCUCCAAUAUUCUCAAGGAUAACAUGAACACAGGCUUCUCUCAGGACUUCUUGACACAAAAGUUGGAGGUCUUGGGUGGUGAAAGUUACAACCCAAGCCUUGCGUUUCCAGCCGACAGGUAUGCAAGCUGGAUGAACAGCUUGCGUGAAAACCCAGAAAUAAUUUCCUAUGACAUUUUUCCUCUCCAUCACCUUGUUGCUGACUCAGAGCUGAGUGCCAGCCUCAAGAAGGCCGUGUCUGACUACGUUGAAGAGAACAUGCUUCCUCUGAAGCAGAAUCCGAGCCACAAAUGCAACCAUUUGUCAAACUUGGACCACAACUGCUGCCCUCUGCGAGCACGUCGUGGCACCUUGACAGUGGUGGUGCAACGGGCCAAAGGUCUCAGCGGUGACUUUUUUAGUCAAACUGAUGCCUACGUCAAAGUCUGGUACAAUAACAAGUAUGAGGAAACAUACAUGGUAAUAGAUAAUGACAAUCCAGUAUGGUACAUUACUUAUAAUUUUGGUUCAAUAGAAUUUGGUCAUGCAUUAAUAUUUGAAGUGUGGGACAGUGAUUUAAGGUAUGAUGACCUCUUGGGAAGGUGUUCCAUCUACCCUGAACGUGGAGAUCACUCACAUAGCUGUAGCUUAAGCAACGGAGUCUUUUAUUACAAGUACAUCGCAGAAUGUUACGCUAACCUGGCUGGUCACUGGUGUGGCCAUUACUCCAUAAAAGUCUGAAUGCCUCAUUCAGGCAAUUACAACUGUGAUAUGACAAAUUUAUCAUUUUUGCUUUGCAUUUUCAAUUAUCUAUACUUCAAAUUUAAUUUCAAAUGACCAUUAAGAAUAGACAUUAAAUCAAUUUUAGUUUGUUUAUUAGUGUCAGCAUUUUCUAAAUGGAACCUUGAAUACAGGAAAACCUACCUGUUGAUUUUGCAGCAAUAUUUCUGGGUUAAAAUGAAUUUACUUUGUUCUGCUUAUACAUUUGUGCUUAAAAGGUAUAUCUUGGGUGAAUUUUCAAGAUGUGUACCAUUUAUUUAAAGAAAACAUGAGUGAAAAGGCAAAACAAAUGUAUUUUAUUUCUUAUAGGACUCAAGUUCAUAUGUAAGCCAUAACAGAUUGGCACGAUCAUCAAAUAAAACAUGACAAUAAAGAAAAUGAGGAAAUGUUCAAAAGUUUGCAUACCUUUAGUUCUUAAUAUCAUAUAUUGCCCCCUUUAGCAUCAAUGAUGACAUGCAGUCUUUUGUAAUAAUUGUGCAUGAAGUCCUUAAUUCUCUCAGGUGCUAUAGCUGCCCAUUCUUCUUGGCAGAAUGCCUCCAGUUCCUGUAUUAUUUUUUUGUCUUGCACAAACUGCACAUCUGAGAUCUCCCCAAAGGGGCCCAAUGAUACUGAGGUCAGGAGACUGUGAUGGCCACGCCAGAACCUUCACUUUUUUUUGCUGUAGUCAUUGGAGGGUCAACUUGGUCUUGUGCUUUGGAUCAUUGUCAUGAUGGAACAUCCGAGAGCGUUCCAUGUGCAGCUUUCAUGCUGUCGAAUGCAAAAUGUCUGCCAGUAUUUUCCGAUAACCCACUGCAUUCAUCUUGCCAUCAAUUUUGACAAACAAAUUUUUUUUUUUACUUGGGCCUCGGAAGCUCACAUAGCCCCAAAACAUAAGAUCCAUCAGUGGGGAUGGUGUACUUUUCAGGGUAGGCCUUGUUGACUCCUCUACAAACAUAGGUUUUAUGGUUGUGACUAUAAAGUUCAAUUUUGGUCUCAUCACUCCAAAUGACUGCUGUGAGGCUUGUCUAGGUGUUGUCUGGCAUACUGAAAGCAGGUCUUUUUGUGGCAUGGGCACAGUAACAGCUUUCUCCUGGCAACUCAACCAUGUAGGUUAUUUGUGUUCAAGUACCUUUCCUAUCAAGUACCUAUUGCUUUCCUUGAAACAACACCACCACUUUUUUCCAGAGCAGCCUGUAUGUCUCUGGAAGUUGUUUGAGGGUUUUUCUUUGUGUCCCGAACAAUUCUUCUGGCAGUAGUGGGUUUAAUCUUUCUUGGUCUACCUGACCAUAGCUUAGUAUCAACAGAACCUCUUAUUUUCCACCUCAGAGUUUGAACAGUACUGACUGGCAUUUUCAAGUGUUGAGAUAUCUUUUUAUAUCCUUUUCCUGUUUUAUAAAGUUCAACUACCUUAUUAUGCAGGUCCAUUGGCAGUUCUUUUGUCUUCUCCAUGGUGCAGUAUUCAGCCAAGUCAGUGCAUCACUUCAUGAGCUGAGAAACUCACUAACUAUUUAUGCACAGACACUAAUUAUAAUUACAAUGUAAUUACCUUUAAUACUAAAACUUACCUUUAAUAGCCUCUGUGUGUCAACCUGUGUGUUUACGAUGUGGCCAAAUAUUCAAGGAUAUGUAAACUUUUGAUCAGGGUUAUUUGGGUGAUUUCAGUUAUCCAUCCAUCCAUCCAUCCACUGUCUAUAUCAGCUUUAUUCUUAAUUAGGGUCACAGGGAUCUGCUGGAGCCUAUCCCAUCACACAUUGGGCGAAAGGCAGGGGUACACCCUGGACAGGUCACCAGUCCAUCACAGGGCCACAUAUAGACAGACAACCACACACACUCACGGGCACUUUAGAAUUACCAAUCAACCUAAUGUACAUGUUUUUUUUGGACUCUGGGAGGAAACCGGAGUACCCGGAGUAAACCCAUGCAAGCACGGGGGUGAACAUGCAAACUCCACACAGAAACGCACCCGGGAUUCAAGGUUUUAAAAAGGAGUCAUACAACUAUGUGAUAAUUAAUGACUUCAUGUGACCACUAUCCUUAAAUAAGAAAAAAAAACAGUCAUAUUUUCUGUAGGAAUUACAGCACGUUUUAUAUGUGGUCCCCCAAUUUUAAAAGACCAAAAUUUACUGGACAGUUGGCUGCUCAUCUGUUCCAUGGGCUGAGUGUGGGGUGUUGUGUGAUUCCCUCAUUAUUUCACUUGCAUAUAAGCAGAUAAAAGGUCUAGAGUUAAUUUUAAUUGUGUACUUAAAUUUGGAAUAUGUUGAUAAAGUUUUCAACAUGAAGCCCACUCUCAUUAUUAGCCUGAAACACUGAAUGAAUAGUUUUAUUUGCCUUAAAUGUGUGGGUUUGUGAUGGCUCACUUUUAUCAUUUUUUAAAUUUUAUUUAAUUAAUUCUAGUAACAAAAAACAAUUCACUGAUUAAGUGAACUAGCAUGAGGAUGUGUUUUUGCUAGUGAUUAUGCAAGCCCUUCUAUAAUUCAUUCUCGUCUGCCAAAUUCUGUAAAUGACCAAACUAUUAUUCAAUCACAGCGUUGUUCCAGUCGCACAUUGGAAGAAUGGAGGAGAGUACAAGCACGUCAGAUAAAAGUGUGUGACCCAAGUCCUCUAAAACAUGGGAGCAUUUCAUAUUAAAUUUCUCAUCAAAUGUAACUUGCAAACUUUGCAAAGCGGAGCUUCAGUGUCACGGAAACACGACAAUGAUGAACGAGCACAUAAACCGGAAGCAUGCGGGAAUCACAGAUGAAGGAGAAACUUCAGGACGAUAAGUUUAAUGCAGAUUUGUCAUGUGCCAUAUUUGUGUGCUUAAUGUGUUGGUCAUUCACACAGAACGUGUUUUAUUCCUAAUUCCUUUUCCAUUGUUUUUUUAAUGAAUGUGUUUGACCCCUGCGCGCACAUCUUUUGAAGUCCCUCGCGCAGCUAUCUGCGCCAUAAGUAUCGUAUACGUAAAAUAAAUGAUCGUGCUCGUAAAAAUAAAUAAAAAACGUGAAUCACAAGGAUGUUAGUUUGUUCUUUCCAGCAUGCUAGCGUUUGUUAUUCCAAAAAUCACACGUAGAGUUUUAUGCAGAUUAGGGGCGGCAUAAAAGCCCCCAUUGGGCCACUGCUUCUCGACCUACUGCCCUUCUCUAACCAAUCUGUAAAGUGACGUCACUGACACGCGACUCUGUCGGUUAGUGUUUGAACCUGUCUUAUGCAAGUGAGAAGAUGGGCGAUUACACACAGCUACAUGUAAUCGAUAUCAAUGUAUAACGUUAGUUAGAUGCCCUUAUUGUCCAAGGAAUCAGUUGUAAUAUGUCUAAAAUGGUUCUUAAAUGUUCCAGUUGUUUUGUGUAGGUGUGGAGGACAUUGCCCUCUUCCUAGAGGAGCAGAGUGUUGGGGUUGUGCUUACAGAGACUGGAGUGGAUGCUGUAACCACAGGCACAGUUUAGGACACACACUGACCCAUCCUGAGACUUUGGAUGAGAUCUGUAUUUAUUAGUUUUAAACUAUGUGCAGCAAAUUGUGGAAUAAAUGUGUUUAAAUUACAUUUAUAGCAUCACUUUGCAUUGCAUUUAACCCUAAAUCCUUCUGCAGCUUUUAUGGUGGCAUGCAACUCCAUGAUGUUGAUCUAUCUCUAGCACACAGACAGAAAUAAAGAGUCUAGAAAUAAUUUCUUAUUUAAAGAGUUAUUUUGAGCUUGACUGACAAGAAGCCAUUGUUAUAAUAUGAAUAAUCAGCUCUCCCUCUCUCUCUGGCCUUAAUAUAAAACAGUAACACUCACUGCUUUAAUA